ACUUGCUAGCUAGAUUAUUGGAGAUGCAUUUUGACUUGGUCGAAGGGCCACAGCUAGCCUUGGCAUUUCUGAUGCAUUGGAACUCUCAUUUCUGCAUAUCAUGUUGGAUUCCAUGACUGCACCCUGAGCUCAUGUGAUCUGCAGCUUCUCCAUCCAGUCUGCAAGUUGUGAUAGCUAAUAAAUGGGAAUCCUCCGCACAUUUUGGAACAGUCCUAUCGGUCCUAAAACAACUCACUUCUGGGGUCCUGUUGUGAACUGGAGCAUUCCCAUUGCAGCAAUGACAGACACAAAAAAGCCCCCAGAGUUGAUAUCUGGCAAUAUGACAAAAGUAAUGUGUGUUUAUUCGGCAUUGUUCAUGAGGUUUGCAUAUAUGGUACAGCCAAGGAACUACCAUCUUCUCGUAUGCCAUGCAGCAAAUGAGACUGUACAGCUCUAUCAGCUCUCCCGUUGGAUGAAGGCUCAGGGGCACUUGCAGGAGGAGAAAAAGGACGCUGAAACAUAGUGAUUCAAAGAUGAUAUGACGUUGUAUACAUCAUGGACCAUUUGCUUCCUUGCCUAGCUAGGCGGUUGCCUAGCUGCGGCCUCACUGGAUGUUGUCAUUGUUGUGUAAUAAAGCUAGCAAGAAAAAACUCAUUGCAUUGGGCUUUCAAAGGAAUAGAAACAACACAAAGCAACAGUAUCCCUGAAAAUGUUAGUGAAACAAGCUCUUCUAACCUGUUCAAUUAGACAAUUAUCAACCAUAUAUAUAUAUUGGAGCACUCGAAUUUCUUA